UGCAUGCGCGGCUGCGGCGGCGUCGUAGUACCGCAACCCGCCGCCGCCUCGGCGCCACAGUCUCCCUCUCCGCAUGUUCGGAGCCGGCUGAUCCGUUGUUCGCACCUCCUCGACGCUCGUCCGCCUGCCCGCCCGCUGCAAAAUGGUACUUGCGGACGCGACACUGGCGGACAAUCAUCACCGUCAUCGCGCUUUCGCGGCGAACGGUAACCCGGAAGGUAUCACGAUAAGCAACUUGGUGGACGGUGAAACCUUGACUUACAGCUUGGCCCUGAUAAGAGGUCGAGCACCCGCGCUAUGCAGUUACAUUACCGUUCGGGGUCACAAGAACGUGACCUCGCAGUGGCCGAUCGUCGCGGGACAGUUCCGGGUCCUGGUGGAUCUGGCACGUGGUCCGAACAAAUUAGAACUCGAGGCAGGCGGGCACAAAAGGAGACUGUCCCUUAAGUACGAGCCAAGAACUACUAGGCUGCGAGUGACACCAGUCUACGUCAUCUGUGCGGCUCAUGACGGCUACUUUCAGGGUCCGCGCAAUGAGGACCGUUCGCCCGAGAGCGCGGCAACGAGAAUAGGGCUUGGGGCUCGGCUGUUACAGACUCUGACAGCCGAGAAACUCAUAGAAGCCGGCUACGGCAGGAAAACCUUUCAAUUGGAGAGAGAUCUCGACGGCCCGGAGUGUUUGGUGAUGCACAGUAUGCUUCACGUCGACCGGGCACGAGCGAUGAAGCAAAGGGAGCUUUGGGAGUUGAUCGCUCGCGAGCUGAUGACCGGGCCCUUGGCGUCCAAGGAUCGCAAGUACCUGGCAUUUCUGUCGUGCACGAGGUAUCGCGGCGCGCCUAGCCCCCGGACGCACGAGGACACUUUAGCACGAACGCAGGGUCACGCCGCUCUCGGCGGUGGUGGCUUAGCGCUUUUCGGUUCGGCGUGUCUUCACACCUGGCCUACGUGUAUGGCUCAGGUAUUACCGAGAUUCCUGGACACUACCGUCAUCGACACCGAACAACUCAUGGACGACAGUAAUUACCGUGGUACGCACGGUGCUUGUCUGGCGACGACAUUAGGUUCGGUUUUGCACGAACUUGGUCAUACCUUUGAUCUCGGUCACACCCGAGAAGGAAUAAUGGGCCGAGGCUUCGACUAUGUCGAUCGGGUUUUCGUGGGUGCGGCUGGAAUCGACUUUAAUCGUAAUCCUAUCAGAAGGGAUCCCCAGCACACGACUGUCGCUCUCAGUAGACCUCUCAGCGUUACGGUAACUGUGCAAGCACCUGUAAUGUCGAGUCCCCGAAGAGGUAGAUUGCUCUCAGAGACUUCUAGACCUUCGCCAUUACUUACUUCGAGACAAUUGCCUGGAAGAUUAUCAGCACCAGCCAGUCCUGAACUGAAUAGAUCUCUCUCGAAGAGUCUGAUUGCCUGCGAACCUCCUUCACAGCCUGACCGGACGUUCUGGAGUCCAUCGUGUGCGGCGUUGCUCGCGUAUCAUCGCUGGUUCAAUAACGAAAUGGACAAUUUUUCCAACAGACAUCAUCACGAAAUAGAGUACGACGGAAAAAGAAACGUGGUGAGAUCACGAUAUGGAGUACGGGUGGUAGAGCUUAGGGAAACCUCAGGAGGGAUGGUUGCGUGUUCUCGUCAAUUCCCUGGACCGCGACCGCCCUUGGAAGCUCUAGUUCCACCGCCUCCACCUCACUGCCUCAUCACUCUCACCCUCGUUGCAGAGGACUCCACCGGGAAUGUGCUCAAACAUCCUCUUCCCACUGCCUUUUAAAGGUCAGCAGAAACAAAGGAUGCGUAAUUUUAUCUUCUAACCUGGCGAGAGUUAUUAUAGAUUAUAAACAGUAUCGACUUAACAACAGACGUACUAGUAAAUAUCCAAAGAUAUCCUUCGUUGUUUCAAACCUUAUUAUAUGUUUUAAUUGAUAUGUGAGACACAAAUUCUUUUUAUUUUUAUUCUUUACGCACUAGUUGUUAUUAAUCCAUAUAAGAGAGAGAAAGAGGGAGAAAAAGGGGAGAAAUAAAAAUAUGCUUCUAAAAUUAUAAUGACAUGUAGAACUUUUUUGCUAAAAUUUUUUCUCUCUCUCUGUCUCUUCAAUAAUGUGAUAAAGUUUAUGUUAUACGUAUAUUAUAUUUAUGUGCAAUCGGAAAUCAAACAGGAGCUUAUACACUCGUUGCUAAAUGUGUAUGUGACUCUCCGAUAUAGAUAACUAUACAUAUACAUAUGGAUUUUUUAUAUAACGUACGAUAACACGCGUGGUCGAACAAAUAUUUGAUAACUGUACGAGAUAUAUAUACAUUUUGCUCAUGUACGACACUCUCCACGUUGUCGAAUACGCAGGGAACUACUUUAUACCAUAAUUUAUUUUGUAAGCAUGAUCUCUAGUGUUUCAUGAGCUGCAACAUCAACUCCAACUAGCGUAAACGUAAUAAUUAAUCGACAUAACACCCGUAAAGCGUGCACAAAAUGCGUUGACAAAUGUUUGCGAGUACUCCUAACAUUUUAUCUCGCAUGUAAGAUAUCGGAAAUGCUUCUACAAUUACAUCGCGGCGAGAUUUCAUAGAACAAUCCUAUAAAAUAUAUACGCAACUAUACACUAUAUAAAUAAUAGGAUUUAAAGAAACCGACCGAUAUGUACAUUCUAAGUCGCUAGAAACAAUAAACACACUUGUAUAUUAUCAAACAUACAUACAUGUACAGUAUGAUAUCCUAAAUUAUUUUAAUAAGUUAGUCUAGAGCGUUCAAAAAAUUACAGAGACAAUACUGUACCACCUCGACUCUACUAACGGAAAGAAAAAAUCUAUGUAUUCAAUUAAAAGCAUACAAUUAUUUA